AAACAAAAUUAUUUCGAAUCAACUGCGCCUCCAUGGUUUUCAAUAACAAACAAGGAUAAACCUGUCUAUGGGAUAAACUCGUCCUCACACCAAAAUACGCGUAGCUGACAGGAUCAAAUUAACCAUCAUCCAGAUUACAUUUUAUGGUCCCCAUACAUGCCUGCUGUAAGUAACCUUGGCCAGGACAGUUGGUCUUUUUGACAAUCAACACAUAAUUUACCCAAAAUCAGAACAUGAGGAAGAAGAGGCCUCCAGGGCAGGUGUCUGCCCUGCAAGCAGCCAGAGGAGUCCCCCAGGCACCAGAGAAACUCGGGGAGAAAGACUCAGGACGGCGUAACGGGGCAUUCGGAAAAGGGGACACAGAGGGGUUCAGAAGGGGUGGCCCGGCAGGACAGGUCGACGCUGUGCAUGGCUGUGGGGACAGGAGGCAGCCCAAUCAGUCAGGCCCUAGGCCCGGCAAAGUGGUGCUGCUGAGAAGAGAUCCACCCGCCUCCACCGCUAGCAGCACCACCACCACCAACAAUAAAGUCACGGCAAAGAAGAAGGUGGAGUGGAUCCCCUACACAUUUGCCUCUGCCAGCCCGGUGCGCAGCUCUGUGUGGCUCUACAGGCAUCGCAGGAAGUGCACCGGGCCCAGCCCCGCCGCCCCCACAGAGCAGCUGGACAACCUCAGCCCAAACCAGCCCCUCCUCUGCAUGGACAUGGAGAGACCGGGUACCGGGGAGGGAUCCCAAGUGAUGGGUUUCAGAGCUGCCAGCUGGACUGAGAGCAAAGCAGUUCAGGAGGCCCAGAGGCAGGAGUAUCAGGAGCCUUGGGUGUCCAGAUACCCACCCUCUGAGAGGCCCAGGGAAGAGGCCGUGGCUCAGGAAGAGAGCUCCGACCAGGAUGGGGGUUGUUACUAUAGCGGCGCUCCGGCUUCCAGUGGGGGUAUGAUGCCCUUCCGGCGGAGGAAGAGCACCAACCUGCGGCCGAGUGUGUCCUGGGCGGACGAUGACUACUGGGCCAGCUGGGAUGGCUGGAAUGUGGUCAUCGACUGGGGGGACAAUGAGCCCUCUAUGACAAUGAGGCGCAAGGGUAGGAACCGCAACCGCGAGGGCAAGAGAGGCAGCAACCGGGGCAACAAGGGCUGCCAGCGGUGACCACGGUAACAGCAGUCAAUGGUGGAGUCUCUGGUGUGCAAGUACGACAUUGGCUUGCUAAACUCCUCUUUUUUUCUGGAUGACAUUUUAGAAGUAGAUGCUUUAUGACAAUAAAGAGCUAUAUUUUUUAAAAAA